AUGGCCACUACUCAGACAUUACCCGCAUUUGAUCAUACCUCGAGCUUGGACUCGGGGAAUCCGUCACGCAGAAAAUCGCGACAGAAUGCAGCUACUGGUGCCUCUGCUGCGGGGGUGCGGGCUCUUAGUGCACAAUUGGUUGCAUUCUACUUCAGAGCACCUAUUAAGGCAUUUUUUCGCACCCGAGUUGAUUAUAUGGCCUUCGCUAGAGCUGUCAAUCCUCAUUCUGCGAAAACCGGUUGGUCUCUGCAUACAACUACUCCGGGGUUACUUGUCCAUGCCGUUCGCACAUAUGGGUGGCGCUUCAUCCCUAAUCAAGUUAUGCCACCUCUCCUAGCCAAUGCUGGAAUUGGAGCCGUCCUUUACACGUCAUAUUUACAAGUCCUUGGCGCUUUGUACGAACCUGCGUCCCAAGGCAUCAAACGCGUAUAUCCACCUGCUCCCCCUUCAAACACAUUUGCAGCUGGGUUUAUAGCGGGUACAAUUCAGUCAGUAGUAGCCGCUCCUCUGGAUGCGCUUCAGGUCCGUCUCCGAGCGAGUGACUUGCUUGAGGGCCCAUACAAGAGCAUGUGGCAUUAUGGCCGCCAUAAACUCAAUCAAAUUGGAGUUCGUGGUAUAUUCGCAGGGUGGGGUUUAUCCUUUACUCGCGACGCUUUUGGUUAUGCAGUAUUUUUCUCUUUCUUCGAGUUCGUGAAGUCGCAGGCCUACUAUUCAUUUCUGACCUGGUACUACGGCUCACGGCGGACUCAUUACGCGGAACAGUUACACCACAUCCAAUCGAGUGACCGCGGCGUACCGCUCAUAAGACCACAUUAUGCUCUGGAGCCAUGUUUCUUGAUGGCUGCAGGUGUUGCAGCUUCAGUUGCUCAACAGAGUAUACAGCACCCGCUAAGUGCUAUUCAAAGUCUCCAUGUUGCUCGCCUGGAAUACAUUGACCAUCAAGCGAGUCUUCAUCCUUCAAGACGGGAAAUGCUACGCCUGUAUUACUCUGCAUACCAAGAAACCUUGAAGAGAUGCAGGAGAAAGGCAUCCAGAGCAGGUGGCUGGCGUCGUUGGCUGUUCCGUGGGUUUGCAAGGGACGCCAUCCGUCAAGUACCUAGCACUAGUGCAGGCUUGGUGAUAUUCGAGCUGGUGCGUCGUAAGUACGCUAAUAUGGCAGACGCUGUAUAUAUCCAGAAAGAUGGCUAUGACAUUCUUUUGACAUGA